CGAUAAGAUAGUUUUGAUGCGGUGCCGAGUAUAUAAUUCUUGCCUGAUAAACCAGGCGACUAUCUCUAUAUGACUCCAAGAUAGCUCCUCCACUCCCCACUAACUACUAUCUCAGUCAGCCAAAGAGGGCCGUAUCCACCACUCUCCUUCUUCUCACAUACACCCCAUAACCUCUUUCCAUAACGCUAUCUAAUCAUGGCCAACCCCAGCCUCAUCUCCUGGGGUGUUUCCCGCGUCUCCCAAAUCCUCCCACUAGACGAAGAGUCACUCACACAGAUCAUCACCUACGCCGCCAGCCUAUCGAAAGAAGAAGGAGCCGAUCAUCUCAAAAACCUACUCGGCGAUUCCCCCGCCGCCUUCGAAUUCAUAUCCGCUUUCAGUUCGCGACGAGAACCCGCCCCCCAACGCCCAACAGCUCCCGAUGCAUCCUCAUCCACAACGGCUUCCACCCGAACGGGGCCAAAGAAGGGCAAGAAAUCCAAACCACCCCUCCACAGCACUGGACCGCCACGCCGGCCCGAUAACUUCGGCGAUGUCACAGGCGGAUACAAAAAGGCCGACCUAGAAGAAGACUACAUGGCACCAGCGCCCAGAAGCAAACAGGAAGCUGCAGGCAGCGCACGGAGAAUCGGACAGGGACUGGAUACGAGUGCAUCACAUCUCUCUGUCGAAGACUCAUCGACGACCUCGUCGCGCGCACACUCGCCCGUGAAACUACCCACAAGCAAACCACCGCCCUCCGCCGCAGGACCGGUUCUCUCAGACCUUCUCCCGAACGUUAAGUCCAAGGCUGCGAAGCCUUCCUCACGACCCAGCAACACCGCUACGAAUCAGCCCAAAGGCUCCCUAACAACAACUAACAUCUCAGAUCUAACGGCUGCCAUUGCUGCACUGGAGGUCUCUACAAAUCCGACUCUGGGUAACGAGACUCGGAAAUGCUCCUGUUCUGCUACGAUCCAUCCGCUUUUCGCCCCCGCCCCGAAUUGUCUUAACUGUGGGAAGAUUAUCUGCUCCCUGGAAGGGUUGCAGCCGUGUUCGUUCUGCGGAACACCAUUGCUAUCGAAUGAGGAGGUUCAGAGUAUGAUCCGGGAACUACGGGCAGAAAGAGGCCAGGAGAAGAUGCGCGCGCAUAAUGAGAGUAUGCACCGCGAGGGUGGACCGGGCUUAGGACCGAGCCAGGGUUCUUCGGCCUCUCAGUCAUCUAGUAUGAACGCUGCCAUGGCUCACCGGGAUAAACUUCUCCAGUUCCAGGCACAGAAUGCCAAGCGGACGCGUGUUGUUGAUGAGGCAGCUGAUUUCGAGACUCCGAAUGUUGCGUCGACGCUGUGGAUGAGCCCUGCGCAGCGGGCUCUGGCGCUAAAGAAGCAGCAGCGGAUAUUGCGCGAGAUGGAGGAAAAGGCCCGUCCGGAAUGGGAGAAGAAGAGGACCAUCAUGAGUUUAGAUAUCAAGGGUGGCAGGGUCACUCGUGUGUAUCAGUCUGCCGGAGCCGGUUCUGCGGAGCCGAGUCCCUCUGCGGAAGAAGAACCCGAGCUUGAGCCCGAUGUGCCCGAUGAAACUACGAAGCCAAACCGUGGCGAUGCCUUCAGCCGGAACCCACUUCUUGCGGCUGGUGGAUUGAUGCGACCUGUAUGGAAAAAUUCAGAGGGAAAACCGGUUGAAGGGAGAGCUCAAAAGGAGCGCAAACAGACAUGGCGACGUGUCCAGGAUGAUAAUGACGACAAUGAGCAAUGGAUUCUCGACGGUGGCUUACAUGGAUACUCCUAGUUUUGACUGAGAUUUGAUUACCGCAAGGCAUGCUCGUACAAGACACGGACACAGUCAGCUUACAGCUAUGUAUCGCCUUUCUCGAAGACCAGAAUCUACUGCGCAUUUAGACCAUAAAACAAUCACGAGGAAGUGCAGCGCACAACCCCCCAUUUAGUUAAUGACACCCCUAGGGCCAACGAAUUCCCAUUUGUCGGUGAAUAUAACAGCUCAGUUAAUAUGUGGGACCGAAGAAAAUAUCGGAUAGAAGCGGUCCUCAAGAGAUCAUACAUAGCUCCG